AUGGCAGCAAAUGACACCGUGAACAUUCCCCAGAAGCAGAAAGCAGCCAUUUAUGAUGAACCAGGAAAAGUCUCAACAAAGGUCGUUGAAUUAGACGUACCCGAGCCUGGAAAUGGCCAGGUGCUGAUCAAAUUGACUCAUUCCGGUGUCUGCCAUUCCGACUAUGGUGUCAUGACAAAUACAUGGAGAACACUUCCAUACCCUACCCAGCCCGGCCAGGUCGGUGGUCACGAAGGCGUCGGACAUAUCGUCAAACUCGGCCCUGGAGCGGAGACGUCCGGACUCAAACUUGGUGACAGGGUCGGGGUUAAAUGGGUGUCCAAAGCAUGUACUAGCUGCCAGGCCUGCUUCGCUGGCGCAGACGGAUGCUGUUUCAAUCAACAAAUCUCAGGUUACUAUACCCCAGGCACAUUCCAGCAAUAUACUCUCGGACCAGCCAAUUACGUGACCCCCAUUCCGGAUAGUUUAUCCUCGGUGGAGGCAGCACCGAUGCUUUGUGCUGGUGUCACAAUGCUAUCAGCCCUCAACCGCAGCAAGGCUCUUCCAGGACAAUGGGUGGUCAUUUCCGGAAUAGGGGGACUGGGUCAUCUUGCGUGCCAGCUAGCUAGCAAGGGAAUGGGAUUUCGAGUUAUUGCAAUCGAUCAUGGUAGCAAAGAAGAACUAGCAAAGCAAUCCGGAGCCGAGCACUUCAUCGAUUUCACCAAGUUUGAUAAAGCGACCCUUACAGAGCAUGUCAAAGCUCUCACUGAUGGGUUGGGCGCUCAUGCCGUGGUCGUGUGUACAGCGGCAAACGCGGCGUAUGGCCAAGCAGUCCAGCUCCUUCGAUUCAAUGGAACAUUGGUUUGCGUGGGUAUUCCGGAAGGCGAUUUUGUUGCCAUUAGUGGAGCAGCACCGGGUAUAUUGAUUGCUAAGCAGCUCAAUAUAACAGGGUCAGCGGUUGGCAACCGGCAAGAAGCUAUGCAAACGCUGGAUUUUGCGGCGCGAGGGGUUCUCAAGACACAUUAUCAGACCAAGAAACUGGAGGACUUAACCAGUGUAUUUGAACAGAUGGAGAAGGGCCAAUUGCAGGGAAGAGUAGUGCUCGAGUUGCCCUGA